AUGGAUCAGCAUACGAAAAAGAUCAACCCACAGCAAGUCGGGCAUUUUGCUUGGCAUCAACGCAGUGAAUCACACAAUUUGCCUUCUGUCAGAGAUUGCAAAUGCGGUCUUUAUACUUUCUGGUAUCGCAUAAUCCGCACAACACCUUAUAUUGUGACAGUCAUGGUACUUUGUUCAUCCUAUUCUCUUCCUGUGGCGGUGUGGGGAUGGAUAAACAUGAAUGACGACGUGAUUCCUUUUUGCAAUCCACCAUUAGGGUUGGCACCACGUGUUAGUCGGUUUUGGUCAUCCUCAAACGUUGUUAUAAGCGCCUUGGUCGUGGUCGUAUACGCCCUGAUAAUUGGUUUCAUCGCAGCGAAUGCAAAAUCACGCACUUGCGCUGAUCAGCGUAAGGUCAUAAGACGUUUGCAAGUCGUCAUGAUAGUCUUCAUAUGUUCAUGGUUUACAGCGCUAUUAGGAGUGGACAUGGCAGUCUGGUUUGAUUUCCCUCCAGAUAUCACUCCCAUAUGGCAAAGCAAUAUGAUCAUCUUUGCACUGAUCUGUUACUCGCAAACGUUCUAUGUGUGUAUAUGGCGUUCGCCAGAGUACAGAUUAGCAUUCAAGGAACAACUGAGAUACAUGGCCUGCAGGAAACCGAUGCGACUGUGUUCUGAGUCUACCAAAAAUCCAUCUACGAUCGAUGUCCGAUAAAAGCCCUUCAGAAUGUG